AUGGCAGAGGAGAAGGGCGGGGAAAAGGCGCGAAGGAGCAGAAAGCGGCAGGUCUUCCAGUCAGUGGGUCAGUAGCUUGUUUAGUACUUGUGGGGGUUACAGACGGAGCCUCAUCUGGGAGGUGGCGAUGCGGUGAUUUGUACGGCUGGCGGAGGUGGGUGGGGAGCAUAAUUAUCGUGCUUGGAGAUGCACACGCGGAUAACCUCACCUGGUUUAGCCCGCCGGUCGAAGCAAUUAUCGGUGGCCGCUAGGCACAACCUAGCUUCGGGGAGCCACAUGCGGGAGUUUGGCGCCAGUUAAUGGACGUCAGGAGUGGUCGACAAGUGCAAGCAAGUGAGCGACCUACUGAAAUCAUCACGUGGACCCACAAGUGGAUACCCCUACAUCCCACAUACAUACAUGCAUAUAUACAUGCAUGCACUUGUGAUGCACUGCGGGUUAGGCCACGUUACGAAUGUGUAACAGAAGCUGUUAUGACAAAUAGUGUGCCCGUCGCAAACAUUGAGGACUGCCAGUAUCUGGAGUGAGAAAGGGGACGAUGAUUAUUUGCCUUUUUAUGACGAAGCAUACUUGAGAUGACUCAUCUCACACCCAGCAAAUUCCACUGACAAACAAAUCCAAGACUAUUCAGGAAGGGCGUGGGCGCAGUGGUUUGCAAAGCCAUACAACCCAGUACUCAACCUGUUAAACAAUUUCACACGAACCUGGAUUCAGUGAACAAGGAAAUUCUCGUGCUCUACGAAAAAUGCGGUUUGAGGUCAGGGGUUUAUUGGUAUGGCUUGUUCCAGUCUGUCCCUCCAUUCCCAUUAGUCAUGUUAUCCCACCAACUAAGAAAAUUUAAAUGCAUCCUAACCAUUUCACGGUGCGCUUGCCUGCUACUGGCGAAGAAAUACUGUUUGAUCUGAUCUGAAACGACUUCAAUCUCUUGUCUCCCCUAGAUUCUAUUGCCUUGUCCUAAACGAACCGACCGUGGACAAAAUCGGGAUCAGUAGCUCACCCGUUGUGAGUCUCCGUCCGGCGUGUGUCAACGCAAAUCUACGAAAAACAUUAGCACUGGCGCAGAUUCAGUGCAACUCGACUAACAAAGGUCACGCGAUACAAGCCUUGCUCUGACGUUACAGAUGGAUAGCCUGUCUAUGAGGAACUCUCAGAACUAGGGUUUUUAACGUGAAUAAUAAAAGAGUGUUUGCAUGGUAGAUAGUACGCAUGCAAGCUACAGGAACGAAAAUUCAUAAAAUAAUAGCGCCUAGGAAAGAAGUCGGAAUAAUUGUAUGCUCCCUUCGAUGGACUCAUUAACAUUUAACCGAAAGAAUUGUGUAAUCUUGGUCAUAUAUUCAUAUUCAAAUGAAACGGCGGCGUACAUGCGACUCUUUCCAAGCACUAUGGCAUCAGAAUACUUCUGGAAAAGCACCUAGUGUUUAUGACCGUGUUCGUGAUGCCACGUAGUUUGCUACUUAUUUGAUUUAGGUAGGCAUGUAAUACUGCUAGUUAGAAUAAGGUCAGUUGGUCUUCAGGUUACUGUACGUGUUGCUGGGGUGUGACGGUAUCCGGCGGUGGGUCCACGUGACGGUCGUAGUAGGUCGUUCGCUUGCUUGCACGUGUAGACUACACCUAGCGUCCAUUUGCUGGCACCAAACUCCCACAUGUGGCUCUCCGAAGCUCGGUUGUGCCUAGCGGCCACACCCCGGCAACCGCCUCGAUCGGCGGGCUAAACCAGGUGAGGGUAUCCGUGUGUGCAUAUCCGCACGCGGUAAUCUUUGCUCCGCUGGAAGGCAUUGGCAUCACCCUGAUGUGGCUGCAUCUGGAACACGGUAGGAGGCCACAAGGUAAGCGAGCCCCCAGGUAAGCGAACGUUGCUCUGAUGCCUUGGCUUUUGAUUGUUCUUGUCUGCUUGCUCUCUGUACGCUUGUAUGCGCUUGUCCUUGUUGAAAGCUAAAUGCUGCUCUGUCAAAUUUCCUGUGCUGCCUUUUUGCUGUUCUUGCCUACCUGCUUUUUGUCUGCUUGUUUGUGUCUGUCCUUAUUGUUAGCUAAAUGUCAUUCUUUUGAAUUUGUUUACAUUUCAGCAGCCAGCUAGCUCAGACAGGGACGGGCGAAAUCUGCAUCCCGUCUCUCUACUCUCUCCUCUCCCCCUCCAAGCUUACGGCGAUGUCGUAGGCAGUCUCAGGCUAACUCGGGUCGCUCUCCCACUAAACAAAGGUCGUGACCCAUAGUGGAGUUCGGCAGCCGUCUGAGAAAACUGAGCAGUCCUAUUUAGGGAGACCACUGCCCACGCCCGAGAGGAGUAAGUGGCUAGAAAAGGUGCCAUAAACAAAUGCCGAGGACCCACGCCGUCUGUAGGCAGACCACGGCCGCAGACGCAAAACACACGGUCGAAACAAUCAAGAUCGAAACAACGCUCUCUCUCUUCCCCCUCACCCUCCUCCCCACCGUCCCACUUGCCAGACUGGUAGGGUGAGUCCGAUCACUCUGGCAGCCUGGAAUGUUCGUUCCAUUCUAGACAACCAGAAGAGCAACCGGUCGGGAAGAAGGACGGCGCUAGUGCCUCGGCAACUAGCGCGAUACAAGGUGGACAUUACUGCACUCAGCGAGACCCGCUUCUCCGAACAAGGCCAAUUGGAGGAGGUUGGCGUCGGCUACACCUUCUGGAGCGGUCGUCCCAAAGCAGCACGACCGGACGCAGGCGUCACCUUUGCCAUCCGGAACGACAUCGUGGGAAGACUGCCCUGUCUUCCACAGGGCAUCAACGAUCGCCGGAUGAGCCUCCGCCUGCUUCUUCGGGGAGGCAAAUUUGCCACCAUCAUUAGCGUCUACGCUCCCUCGGUGACCAGCCCUGACGAUGCAAGGAACAAAUUCUACGAGGACCUGCACGCCCUCCUGGCGACCGCACCGAAGGCGGACAAGUUGGUAGUGCUUGAUGACUUCAACGCCCGCGUCGGCUCAGACCAUGAUGCCCGGAGAGGAGUGCUGGGUCCGCAUGGUCUCGGCGGCUCCAAUGCCGAUGGCCUGCUCCUCUUCAAACCUGCGCAGAAAACCAGCUCACCCUGGUCCACACCCACUUCCGCCUCCCGAUGCGAGAAGAGGCCAUCUGGAUGCACCCUCGGUCCGGACGUUGGCACGCGUUGGACUAUGUCCUCGUCCGGAGGCGAGACCGACGGGCCGAUGGGUUGACUGACCAUUGCUUUGUCAUCUCUAAGAUGCGGAUUCGCCUACAGUCUCACAGGAGAACUCAAGGUUAGCGAUACCCGGGUAAGCUGAAAAUUGCUUUGUUGUCUUUUUCUGCUCACCAUCUCCAUUUCAACAACCAGCUAGUUCAACGGCUAGCCAACUUUCCAGUCUCCGCUGCUGCCUCCGCCACCGCCGCCGCUGCUGACGAGAACGCCUCCAUGAAGAACCGAUAUUUUCAGUUGCGAGACACAGUCCAGUCGACGGUCCUGGUUGUCCUCGUUCAAGCAAGACACCAACAUUCGGACUGGUUUGAUGACAACGACGCUGCCAUCAGCAACCUGCUCGCAGGGGAAAACCGCCUUCACAAAGCCUACGUCACCCGUCUCACCGACGACAACAGAGCAGCCUUCUACCGUAGUCGCCGCCUAGUGCAACAGCGGCUGCGGGAAAUGCAGGACGCCUGGACGGCUCGCAAAGCCGAGGAGGUCCAAGGUUACAUGGACAGCAACUAA